GAGUGCUUCUGAAUGGAUUUCCUUUUAAAGACAGCACUUGAAUUCUAAAACUUGAGAAUUUGUGGUUUUAAUGUGUUUUUUUUUUCCUUUUUAUUUCCUUAACUCUUAUUUUGAUUGCAGCAGCAAGCUGCAGGAUAAGAGUCAAGCCAGGAUCCAGGGACAUGUGCCAGGUUUGGAGACCACACAUGGGACCAUUCCAGGCAGCUCUGUGGGCCAAGCCCAAGGCAUCAGCCGGCAAUAAUUGCUAAAAACAGACUGAAAAGAGCAGAUCAGGGUGUUAACCUUCUAACCCAGUCUCCAUUAACCAUUCUGAGUAGAAACAAGAGGAAGAAGCCGAGAAUCCCUCAGACCCUGAGGGAAAAAAUGAAACGAUUGUUGCAAGAGUCAGAGGAAGAAAUCAUGGUCACCUUGGGACCCUCCUCCAGGCUUUCCCCCGAUAAGGCUAAGGCAGAGACUGUGUGUGGCAUCAAGAGCCAGUCCUCAGGCCCUGCUGGAUCCUUACCAGAGGACAGCUCUCUGCCCGCCCAGUGUGGGUCAGUAGCCUCAGCCAUUGGUGGGGAUGGUGAUGGGGUCCUGGCCCAGUAUUGCAGCUUUGGGCAGCAGGCCAGCAGCCAGCUUCCUCUGGGCUCCACUGCUGCCGGUGUUUCAGGGUCUCGCUCUCAGGACGUCUCAUCUGCCAACAUUACCACAAGCUGUCAAGAGCCCUCAGAGAGGAAUCAAGCCAAGCCCCUUUCAUCCAGAGGCCCUGGCCAAGGCUGCAGCCGUGAACAGCGAGAACCGCUGGGGGAUGUGGUGGACUAUAUCAUCAGGGAGCUGCAAGGUAUCAGCCGUCUCCAAACUGAGAUCGCUGAGUUGCAGCAGCACUUGAGCCAAGUCCGGGGUUCAGUAGAUGAAGUCUCUAGCUGUGUAGACUCAGUUCUGAGUGAAAUAGAAGGCCUACAAGUGGGCAGCAGCACCCUGGCCAAGGUGUGUGUUCGGGGAAAGGCCCAGGAACCCCAUGUGGACAGACCUAGUGAGGAAGCCAUUCUGUAUCUGUAUGGACUUCCUGAGCAAGAUGGGGAAAAUACCAUGGAGCUGGUGCACAGCUUCCUGGCCAAGCACCUCUGUGUUAAUGGCUUGCAGUGCAGCAGGUACAUUAAAGAGGCAUACAGGGCCGGCAAAGCCCCAGCCCCCAGGCCUACUGUUGUGAAGCUUGCCCAUCUAGAGCAUAGAGACCUCAUAUUGCAGAAAUCUAUCCUCUUGCAGAGUUUAGGGGUCCGGAUUGCCACCAGAGAAGAACCAAGCAGACCACAGUGCUGUAAGAAUCCCCAAAAGGAGCCUCUAUCAUUUUUGCAACAACAACUUCAGGAUCGUAAUUUGAAUUCUUUAAAUCUAGAUGAACCAGUUUUUCAGGUGGAAACAGGAGACAGAGGACCAAUAAUAGGAGCAUGUCAAAUGAGGGCUCAGAAUCAACAUGGAGAACUCCAGACCCCUGAACAGCAAGGCCUUUGCUUCCCACCCAAGAACAGUUUAGCAAAACCGAGUGAUGAAUCUAAGCCAGGCGGUGAAGUUAAAGGAAGAUCAGAAAUACCCCAAGUUAUCAGUGGCACCUGUGAUGAACUGACAGGGAGAGAGGCUUCUCUGUCUACCCUCCAUCCAUUUGAGGAACCUUCCUCAGUGUUAAUCUCAAAAGAGGAGGAUUCUGGAAAAUCCCAGGUUUUCAAACAGUGCAUCCAAGGACUUGAAACAUAUAAAGUAGCAAAAAUAGAAAAUAACUGCAGUGAAUCAAGUGAAGCUGACAGCUGCCUGUCACUGUCUGGGUUGCUGAAGACAGAAGACAAACUCUUGGCAUGUGAAGCCAGGCUUGAUAUUCUGAGCUCAAAGCAGCUAGAGGACCUUUUAACAGAUAAGUCAAGAAGGUUUGCAACUCUGAGCUGUGACAGCAUGAUGGAGGAAAUUAUCAUAGGGCCUGAGACUUUCGGUGACAUGGUUCAUAUUGACCUGAAUGAAGAGGAGGAACGUGCUGCUCAGGUCCUCAAAGAUGUCUUUGAAAAGUCCUCUUGUAGUCUGGGUGGCUCACAGGAGGAUGAAGAUGUAGAAAUCAAGUUUUACAGGAGUAAACUGGGCCGAGCAAUUCACCACUUUCGUUCAGCUUUGCAGGGAGUAUUUCAGAAGCUGGACAACAGUGGGUCCAUCACUCCUGAGGACCUGGAAAGCAUUGAGAGCGGUUCCCAGUCAGAGAACAGUGAUAGACUUCUUGGGACAGUGAGUUCAGGGGGUGCUCAGGAUUUCUCAGUGGAGAGCCCUGGGAGUCAGGGGAGUGAGAGCUUGCUCAGUGUGGUCUCUGGUGGAGUGGGCAUCUCUGCACAGGGAGACCAAACCUCUCAGGAUCCCAGCAACUCCUCUCUGGCUUCUAAUAACUUGCCCCUUGCGUAUUCAUCACCAGGUUUUGCUCUAGCUCCGUGUCUGGGAAGUGAAACUUGUUCUAGGCCUGAAUCUCCCAACCAGGGCAAAAUAAGCCUAGAGCAAGUGUGUGCAGAGACCAUCUACCUUAACAAAUGCAUCAAUAAUUUAAAAAAUGUUCUAAGAGAGAAAAGACUGAGGCAGAAAAAACUUUUGCACGAGCUAGUACAGAAGACAAACCAUCUCUCGGUAGAAGACAUGCACCCAGAAGGAAAGCGAGGAGCCCUUCAGAUUCCAGAUGAUGGUGACCCCUCUUUACCCCAGUGGCUCCCAGAAGGGCCAGCUGGAGGUCUCUACGGCAUUGACAGCAUGCCAGAUCUACGCAGAAAGAAGACACUGCCACUUGUCAGCGAUCUGUCACUGGUCCAGUCCCGGAAGGCAGGAAUUACUUCUGCAAUGGCUACGCGCACCUCUCUCAAGGAUGAAGAGUUGAAAUCCCACGUGUAUAAGAAAACCCUGCAGGCCUUAAUCUAUCCCAUCUCGUGUACCACACCCCACAACUUUGAGGUCUGGACAGCCACUACCCCGACCUACUGCUAUGAGUGUGAAGGCCUGCUCUGGGGCAUUGCCCGGCAGGGCAUGCGCUGCAGCGAGUGUGGAGUCAAGUGCCACGAGAAGUGCCAGGACCUGCUCAAUGCUGACUGCCUGCAGCGGGCUGCAGAAAAGAGCUGUAAACAUGGAGCAGAGGACCGGACCCAGAACAUUAUCAUGGCCAUGAAGGACCGCAUGAAGAUCCGCGAGCGGAAUAAACCAGAGAUCUUUGAAGUUAUCCGGGAUGUCUUCAACGUGAACAAAGUUGCCCAUGUGCAACAGAUGAAAACAGUGAAGCAGAGUGUGCUGGAUGGCACCUCCAAAUGGUCGGCCAAAAUUACCAUCACUGUGGUGUGUGCCCAGGGCCUGCAAGCCAAGGACAAGACAGGAUCCAGUGACCCUUACGUGACUGUGCAAGUGGGCAAAACCAAGAAGCGCACCAAGACCAUUUUUGGGAACCUGAAUCCUGUUUGGGAGGAGAAGUUCCAUUUUGAGUGCCACAAUUCUUCUGACCGCAUUAAGGUACGUGUGUGGGAUGAGGAUGAUGACAUCAAGUCAAGAGUAAAGCAGCGGCUAAAGCGAGAGUCUGAUGAUUUCCUCGGGCAAACCAUCAUUGAGGUUCGGACACUGAGUGGCGAAAUGGAUGUCUGGUACAACCUAGAGAAGAGGACAGAUAAAUCAGCUGUUUCAGGGGCUAUCCGCCUGCAAAUCAGUGUGGAGAUCAAGGGGGAGGAGAAGGUAGCUCCGUAUCAUGUGCAGUAUACGUGUCUCCAUGAGAACCUCUUCCAUUACCUCACAGACAUUCAGGGCAGUGGAGGAGUCCAGAUCCCUGAAGCUCGAGGAGAUGAUGCAUGGAAGGUUUACUUUGAUGAAACUGCCCAAGAAAUUGUGGAUGAAUUUGCCAUGCGCUAUGGCAUCGAGUCCAUAUAUCAGGCCAUGACACACUUUGCAUGUUUGUCAUCCAAGUACAUGUGUCCUGGUGUGCCAGCAGUGAUGAGCACCUUACUGGCCAACAUCAAUGCCUACUAUGCCCACACAACUGCCUCCACCAACGUCUCUGCAUCUGAUCGCUUUGCAGCCUCCAACUUUGGGAAAGAGAGAUUUGUAAAACUACUGGACCAGCUGCACAACUCACUGAGGAUUGACCUCUCUACAUACAGGAAUAAUUUCCCUGCUGGGAGCCCUGAGCGGCUUCAGGAUUUAAAGUCCACAGUGGAUUUGCUGACCAGCAUUACUUUCUUCAGAAUGAAGGUACAGGAACUGCAGAGCCCUCCAAGAGCCAGCCAGGUGGUAAAGGAUUGUGUGAAGGCCUGUUUGAACUCAACGUAUGAGUAUAUCUUCAACAACUGCCAUGACUUGUACAGCCGCCAGUACCAGCUGAAGCAGGAGCUACCUCCAGAGGAACAAGGGCCCAGCAUUCGGAACCUGGAUUUCUGGCCCAAACUCAUCACGCUCAUUGUGUCAAUCAUAGAGGAAGAUAAGAAUUCCUAUACACUCGUUCUGAACCAGUUUCCUCAAGAGUUGAAUGUGGGAAAAGUCAGCGCAGAAGUGAUGUGGCAACUCUUUGCCCAAGACAUGAAAUAUGCACUGGAGGAGCAUGAGAAAGACCGGCUGUGUAAGAGUGCUGACUACAUGAACCUGCACUUCAAGGUGAAGUGGCUCCACAAUGAAUACGUGCGGGAUCUGCCUGCCCUCCAGGGGCAGGUGCCUGAGUACCCAGCGUGGUUUGAGCAGUUUGUCCUACAGUGGCUGGAUGAGAAUGAGGACGUGUCCCUGGAAUUCCUGCGAGGGGCUUUGGAACGAGAUAAGAAGGAUGGGUUCCAGCAGACAUCAGAGCACGCACUCUUUUCCUGCUCUGUGGUGGACGUCUUCACGCAGCUCAAUCAGAGCUUUGAGAUCAUCCGGAAGCUGGAAUGCCCAGACCCUAACAUCCUUGCCCACUACAUGAGGAGAUUUGCGAAGACCAUCGGGAAGGUGCUGAUGGAAUAUGCAAACAUCUUAUCAAAGAACUUUCCAGCUUAUUGCACAAAGGAGAAAAUGCCUUGCAUCCUGAUGAACAACAUGCAGCAACUGAGGGUCCAGCUGGAGAAAAUGUUUGAGGCCAUGGGAGGCAAGGAGUUGGACCCUGAAGCUGCAGAGAGUCUGAAGGAGCUGCAGGUGAAACUGAAUACGGUUCUGGAUGAACUCAGCAUGGUGUUUGGAAACAGUUUCCAGGUGCGGAUUGAGGAGUGUGUUCGACAAAUGGCUGACAUCCUGAGCCAAGUGCGGGGCCCAGGGAAUGCAUCCCCCAACGCUCGGGCCUCAGUGACUCAGGAUGUGGAUAGUGUGCUCCGGCCUCUCAUGGACUUUCUGGAUGGCAACCUCACACUUUUCGCCACUGUGUGUGAGAAGACAGUCCUGAAGCGUGUACUGAAGGAGCUCUGGCGGGUGGUAAUGAACACAAUGGAAAGGAUGAUUGUUCUGCCCCCACUCACUGACCAGACGGGCACCCAACUGAUCUUCACUGCUGCCAAGGAGCUGAGUCAUCUUUCCAAACUCAAGGACCACAUGGUGCGAGAGGAAACGCGGAGUCUCACUCCAAAGCAGUGUGCUGUCCUUGACCUCGCCCUGGACACCAUCAAGCAAUACUUCCAUGCUGGAGGCAAUGGACUGAAGAAAGCCUUCCUGGAGAAGAGCCCAGAUUUGCAGUCCCUGCGCUAUGCCCUGUCUCUGUACACACAGACCACAGACACACUCAUCAAGACUUUUGUGCGCUCACAGACUGCCCAGGUGCAUGAUGGGAAAGGUGUUAGGUUUACUGCUAAUGAGGACAUUCAGCCGGAAAAGGGGUCUGGUGUGGAUGAUCCUGUGGGAGAAGUCUCUAUUCAGGUGGACCUGUUUACACAUCCUGGAACUGGGGAGCACAAGGUCACAGUGAAAGUGGUGGCUGCCAAUGACCUCAAGUGGCAGACAGCAGGUAUGUUCCGGCCCUUUGUGGAAGUAACCAUGGUUGGCCCUCAUCAAAGUGAUAAAAAGAGGAAGUUCACAACCAAGUCAAAAAGCAACAACUGGGCUCCCAAGUACAAUGAGACAUUUCACUUCCUCCUGGGAAAUGAAGAAGGCCCAGAAGCCUAUGAGUUGCAAAUAUGUGUGAAGGAUUACUGCUUUGCCCGGGAAGAUCGUGUUCUAGGGCUAGCUGUGAUGCCUCUGAGGGACGUGGCAGCCAAGGGCAGCUGUGCCUGCUGGUGCCCCUUGGGCCCGAAGAUCCACAUGGAUGAGACAGGCAUGACCAUUCUCCGGAUUCUGUCUCAGAGGAGCAAUGAUGAAGUGGCCCGAGAGUUCGUGAAGCUCAAAUCGGAGUCUCGUUCCAUGGAGGAGGGAAGCUGAGCACCUAGGCUCCUGUGCCAACCAGAUGGCACCAUUUCCACAAGUCAGGGCCAAUGGGAGUUACUAUGUUGUCAGCUUAGGGUCCUCAUAGUCAAGAGGCUGACUUAUUCAGUUCAGGAAAAUUUAAGGAAAAAUUUGUGAGAGUUUGGCUUUUCACAGAAAGUGUCAUGAAUCCCUUACCAGCAGGUUUGUGCUGCUAGUAGCUGGGUUGUGGGGGUUAUCACAUCGGGAGAUUCUCCAUAAAGAGAGAAGGAAAGGCAUUUCUGAGAGUGUCACCUAUUCUUGGCAGGGACCCUUCCACCCCACACCCCUUCUCCACCCCUCUCCAUACCACACCUUAUCCAGUUAGAUCCAUACAUAACAAUCAUCAGAAGAACAAGUUUAGAGGGCCUGGAGCUUGUGCCUAACUAGGUAAGUUAUCAGUUGAGUCUACAGGUAUUGCUGAGCCCUGUGGUCUGGAUUGGAGUAUGCCAGGGAAGGAACACAGAGAAUAGAAUUCAAACUGUCCCUUAAGCAGAAUCAGCUGGUUUUGAGUGGCUCGAGUGAGUACAAGGCAUUGAAACUGAACAAGAUACCUUACAGAAAUGAAUUGUUCUAAUCCCUUCCCCCAGAUAAUCUUUCAUGAGUAGAACCAGGUUCACAUGGUGCUUCAGAGCCCUGAGCAGAACUUCUUUGGAACCCAAGCACCAGGGGCCACCUGCCCAGGAGUCCCCUUACCUCACUUUUUUAGGAAGGGGAGUGAUUCUUCAGGACAUGAGAGGCUCUUCUUAAGUAUAUGCACCUGAGAGCUAGUUGAAGGAUCCAGGGGAGAGGGCUGUAUUUUCUUCAUGGAUAGGCCCUGAACAAAGCCAAAAACUGGAAAUCAGUCCUCCUCACCUAUGGCCACUGCCUUCUGGCAGUCCUCCCCCUUGCAGAAACAAUCUAGCCUUUGUCCUCAUUCCUUUUUAUCUAGGUCAGCUGCUGUUCCCUUCAUAGAUGUUCAGCCCUACAGAAGGAAUUUGGGCUGUGAUCCCUCUGCACCGGGUGGAUGGAGGGUGAUCCUCAACACUCCUUGGGAGGUCAGAGACAACCUCUUUGCAGGGAGUCAUGUGGACUUCCCAGGCCCUUGCUCAGAUGUGACAUGGCCCUUCAGUAUCCUCAGUAGCAGCCUCCUGGACUUCCAGAGGACUCUUAUUGUCCAUUGGCCAUUAUGUGAAACAAGAAACUAAGCAUUUUGCUGUUUUUAAUUGUCGUAUGUGCCAUUGUAAUAGUAGAUUAUUGGCUAGUCUGUAAUAAAUUAUCUUAUAGUA